CCAUUGUGUGGCUGGACUCGGCCGCCGCUGCGGUGUGAGGCGCGUGUUCGGGCCCUCGCCGUCCCCGCACCCGCACCGCGGCUAUUGCCUUGCUGUCCGCCGUCCGACAGCCAGCCUUCGGGACCUCGCCCACCACGGACAUGCCUCGCGUCUACAUAGGACGCCUGAGCUACAACGUCCGGGAGAAGGACAUCCAGCGCUUUUUCAGCGGCUAUGGCCGCCUCCUCGAAGUAGACCUCAAAAAUGGGUACGGCUUCGUGGAGUUCGAGGACUCCCGCGACGCCGACGACGCCGUUUACGAGCUGAACGGCAAGGAGCUCUGCGGCGAGCGCGUGAUCGUGGAGCACGCCCGGGGCCCGCGCCGCGAUCGCGACGGCUACAGCUACGGAAGCCGCAGUGGUGGAGGUGGAUACAGCAGUCGGAGAACCUCUGGCAGAGACAAAUAUGGACCUCCUGUUCGUACAGAGUACAGGCUUAUUGUAGAAAAUCUUUCUAGUCGUUGCAGUUGGCAAGAUUUAAAGGAUUUCAUGCGGCAAGCAGGUGAAGUAACAUAUGCAGAUGCUCACAAAGAACGUACAAAUGAAGGUGUAAUUGAAUUUCGCUCCUACUCUGACAUGAAGCGUGCUUUGGAUAAACUGGAUGGUACAGAGAUAAAUGGCAGGAAUAUUAGACUUAUUGAAGAUAAGCCACGAACAAGCCAUAGGAGGUCUUAUUCUGGAAGCAGAUCUAGGUCACGUUCAAGAAGGAGGUCACGAAGUAGGAGUCGCAGGAGCAGCCGCAGUAGAUCUCGAAGUGUCUCAAAAAGUCGCUCCCGAUCCAGGUCACGGAGCAAAGGUCGAUCACGUUCUCGAUCAAAAGGCAGGAAAUCUAGAUCAAAAAGCAAAUCUAAGCCCAAGUCUGAUCGGGGUUCCCAUUCACAUUCUCGAAGCAGAUCUAAGGAUGAGUAUGAAAAGUCCCGAAGCAGGUCUCGAUCUCGGUCCCCCAAAGAAAAUGGAAAAGGUGAUAUAAAGUCAAAAUCCAGAUCAAGGAGCCAGUCUCGUUCCAAUUCACCCCUUCCUGUUCCACCCUCAAAGGCUCGUUCUGUGUCCCCUCCACCAAAAAGAGCUACUUCAAGAUCCCAUUCUAGAUCUCGCUCAAGGUCAAGGUCCAGAUCAAGUUCCAGAGAUUAACCCAGAACUCUACAUUCUUUGCACACUAUUAUGGAACACUUUCCUACUUGCUUAGGCAGUUACUCUUCCAUGUUUAUACUUGGCCUCUUCUGCAAGAGGAAUCUCCUGAGAGCAGGAGCACACAAAAAUUUGAUUUGUGGCCAAAUUUGAUGAAAAAGAUGAGGUUCUAAAAUGGUGGCAUGAAGUCAAAGACCCUCUCCCUUCUUUGUAGAAUUAAGAUAACUUUGAUUUUAUAGCUUUUGAGCUAAAAUAACUUUUGUAAAGAUUAAGCUCAUUUAGAUUUUUUUUUUUAAGUAUUUUCAGCAGGAUCUGCUGCAGGGUUUUUUUUUUUGUUGUUUCAUUUGUUUGCUUAUUUUUAAAUUAACCGUUUCAAGCUUUGGAUACUUAAGGCUUUAGAGGGAGAAUCCAAUUUUCAAUUAUGUUGGCUUUUUAUAAAGCUUGAGUUAUGUAAGAUUUAAAUAAAAGUUUGCUACCAAGAUGAUUGCCUUAUUGAAUAGGUCACUAUCAAAUUCCUUUAAUGUUGAUAUCUGCUAUUUGUGGAAACAGUGUAAAUUCUACUAAAGUGUAAAACAAGGCAAGCCUCAGACCAGCAAUAAAUUAUUCAGUUUGGAUAACAUUAUUUUGUGCUGUUAAUCAAAUUUGCCAAAGUCUUUAUCUGCCCCUCUAACAAGUUGGGUUAAAAAUAAAAAGAUAUUUUGUAGUCAAUCUAUAACACAAUUUUGCCUGAAUUAAUGAGUUUUUAAAUAGACUGUUUUCGAACUUAUGAUUUGACUGGAUUAUUUAGGAAAUAGCUUUUAGGGCUUGGGAUCUUUUAGUUAGUGAUCCCAUGCUCUGGAGGUGGUUAAUGAGAUUAGUGUAGUUAAGAGUAUGGUUCAGUGGUCUUUAAUGUUAUGUAAAAAUGGAAGUAGCCUUUAUCUGAAUAGAAAUUUAGUGUAUCGUUCAAAGUGGAUAGGCAUAUACUGCAUUUUCUGCGGAAAGAUAACAUUUAACAGGUACUUAGCAGAUCUUUUGAUAAGGUCAGUUGCUUAACAGAUUGUUGGCAAAUAAAAUUCCAGCUAUCAGUCCCCUUUGUAGUUUUGUUGGGGUUAUGUGGUAAUUGGUUGGUUCAUUCUUGUAAAUUUUUAUACUUCUCUGUGGUUGGUUUGAAAAAUGGGCAAACUCAAAAAAAACUAAUAGUACUUUAUUAUGAAUGAAGUACAGUACUGUGUAAACCAGACUGUAAUAUUGCAAAUUUAUACUGGGUUAGCAAUUAGUCCAUACAUUCAUAAGGCUAAUAAGUUGAGAUUGCAGGUCAAAAGUGAGUUAUCUUACAUCCCUUUGUUCGGAUACUUUUAUGUAAUUUCAUUUUAAAAGUACUUAUUAACAUCCACUUAAGUCAAGAUGUAGAUGAAUUGACUCAGGUUUAAUACCUUCUUAGGGAGCUGUCACUGUGUAAAGGUACCAGGAUUGUGACUGAGCAUGAUAUUCUGGGAUUGGUUUGAAGAAUUAAAAACCCAGAGGACAUUUACUAAAAUGAGGCUGAGGGAAAAAUUGAGUCGAGGAUCUAGUUGUCAGAAUAGCUGAGAGUACUUGGUAAUAAGAAAAAAUCUUCAUCUCUAAGGAAUUUAGACUUCCUGUUUAAAAUCCUAACUUUGGAAAUAUAGUGGCCCAUAAGGUUGAUGCUGCUUCCAAUAUCUUUUCUUGAUAGUUUGUUUGUUUAAAUGUUUAUAAGAAAUGGGUUUAUUUUUAAAUAUAAACUUCAGAAUUUAAGAGAAGGAAAUGGUGUCUAAUUAUAGUUCAUUAUUUUGCCUAUUCAAAGAACAGAAGUAAUGAUUCUUAGGAAUUGGCUUUGACCAAAGUUCUCUUGUUUCCAGGGAAAGAACAUAAAAGCUUUUGAACCACAGCCUUUUAAAAGGAUGGGGGGAACGAUAUUAUAGUGAAUUUUGGCUUUCUAAAAGUAUGCAACAUCUUCAGCUGGGCUUUCUGUUAUUGUGACAUCAUAUGGCAAGAGGCAUAUUUGACGACAUUGUUAAGCUGCCCCAGUAAAUGGGUAAUUGUAUUGGUAAAUGCCUGCACCCAUAAAAUCUUUCUAGUAAUGGCAAAGACCAAUUUAUUAAAAAAUCUAAUUAUAUAUCUAUAGAUCCAAGUCAUUGAAUACAAAGUUGGCCUAUUUCAGAAUACAGAGUUGACUAGUGUAAAACAUUUAAUUCUGCUUCCCAGUGAGCAAGAUCUGAGCAGCAGCAGUGUGCUGCACAAUUACCAGUGGCUAGAUGGAGUAUUGACCUGAUGGCAAAAAAGAAUGAGGAACAUCUUGCGUCCCCUUUCUUUUUUGAUAGUGUUUCUUGAUAUGCCAUUAGUGCCUUCAUGGCCAGUUUGAGUCCUACCUACUCCAGCUUUUAUGUUCCCACUCUUCCUGUGUUACCACCUUUCAUCUUGGUAUCUUUUUCCAUUUUGUUAACGUAUUUUAUGUUAACUCAAUAAAAUGCUUACUGAGGGAAAAA